AUGGAUCUACAUAUCGCAUCCAUUAGAGAGUUGUGUGAAAGAUCCGACAGAGUUUUGGUAUGUGGUGACUACAAUCAACCACGGUUGGAUUGGUUGGCCGCUGAUUGGUCGGUGAGCGUAGCCGAAUCAUCAUCACUCAAUGCUGCUAGUACGGUUCUUCUGGAUGGAAUGGAUUUCCUCAAUCUCUCUCAACGUAACGCAGUUCGGAACGAACUCGGCCGCACGCUGGAUUUGGUAUUCUACAGCGUGGAAAACGACAUGGGAAUCGACGAGUCUGCGGUUUCACUCUUGCCUAUCGACAGUCACCAUCCUCCUUUGGUUUUGUCACUGUCUUCGACUUUUGCACAACCAGCACAAAUUGAGCGGAACUUCGAAGUCCGGCCUCUUGACUUCCAGCUGGAUCUGCUCAACAAAGGGUUGAAUUUCGCUGUUUCUCCUCAAUGCGCUCCCCUUGCCGAUAUAGUCAAUAACAUUGAAAGCGCCAUCCAAUACGAUAACCACACUGCUAAAUCAGCUACUCGUCACAGCGUGAAGCAAUGCCUUUUGCGAACGGCAAGCAAAAGGGAGAACGGAAAGUGCCCAAAUUUCGAUACUUGGUGCACAAUUCGGCAGCUGAAAGCCCGUGACGUGGUAUAUUCCCGAGCAGAUAAGGGGAAUGCUGUGGUUGUAAUGGAUCGAGAAGACUAUGAUUCGAGAGUCCAUGCAAUGAUCAGUGCCGGUCCGUAUGAGGAAUAUAAAUUCAAAAACGGCAAAACCAAAGAUCCUCUCAACAAAAUGAUUGAGGAAGUAAAUCAUACGCGACAGACUGUGGCUCAUCUGAUGGGCGACGAGAAACUUGAAAGAAAGUUUCAUGUUCCGAAUCCAACGGUGGCAUCUUUAUACUGUCUACCGAAGAUUCACAAAGAUCCCAUUGGAAUGCGACCCAUUUCCUCCAACAUCCGCACCCCCACGGAAAAACUGGCAGCUUGGCUGGUGAAUGAGAUGAAGAAGUACCCUGUUAGGCAUGGGAAAAGUGUGAAAAACUCGAUCGAUUUGGUGAAGAGAUUGGAGGGUUUCAAAUUCCGGAGGGGGGAAAUUUUAGUUUCGUUUGAUGUCGCCGCAUUGUUUCCCAGCGUACCCGUCACCGAAGCCCUGCACAGCCUACGCCGACAUCUAGAACGCAGCCGUGCUCCACCCAACCAUAUAGAGGCAUAUCUAUCCGUAGCUCAGGUAUGCAUGAAUCAAAACUUUUUCACCUUCAGGGGAAAGUUUUAUAAACAGACGUUUGGACUUAGCAUGGGUAGCAAGUUGUCCCCACUGCUUGCAGACCUCUUCAUGAGCGACUUCGAGGAUGAAGCUCAGAAGAAAAAACUGUUUCCGAGAAUCUGGUGGCGAUAUGUAGAUGAUGUUUUCGCCCCGGUGAAGGAGCGUUACCUCGAGCAGACUCUGGCGAUGCUAAAUUCACAACACAACACAAUCAAUUUUACUGUAGAGAGAGAAGUGGAAGGGAGCCUACCGUUUCUCGAUUUAUUGAUCACCAGAAAGGAAGACGACACGUUGAAGUUCGGUAUAUACCGCAAACCCACAUCAACGGAUAGGUAUAUCACAUCUGACUCCAAUCACUUUGGAGCUCAGAAGCAAGCUGCUUUUCACUCCAUGGCACACCGGCUGUACAAUAUACCCAUGGAGCGCGACGAGUUUGAAGAAGAAAAAAGUCGUGUGUAUACAGCAGCUGAGGUGAACGGAUACGACAGGCCUUUUGUGAACAAAAUUUUGAAGAAGCACAAACGGAAAAACCACCGCAGGAACAUUACCACCCUUCAACAGAACCCAGAAGAAACCAGAAGAAUUAGCUUGCCGUUUUACCCCAGGAUAACCAAUCAAAUAAAAACAGCCCUUCGCCGACAAAACCUACACGUUGUGCAUAAGAGCGACAAGACCCUACGUGACCUUUUAUGCAACCUUAAGGACAAGGUACCGCCGGAUGAACAAUCCGGAAUAUACGAGAUACCAUGUAAGGACUGCCCGGCAGUUUACAUUGGCCAAACUCGCCGGAAAGUAAAGGUCCGUUUAAAAGAGCACAAAAAUGCUGUCCAGUCUUCCAAAGCAACCGAAUCCAGCGUGGCAGCGCAUACAGUAGACUCCCAACAUGAAAUUGAUUGGAAUAAUGCCAAACUCGUCAAAAGCGUAAGAAAAACGUUACACUUAAACGCUUGGGAGUCAAUGUUCAUCAGCAACACACGAAGGCCGUUGAUGAAUGAAGACGACCCGCCCAUUGCGUCGUGUCUUUUUAGUCUGGUAGACACGACUCCCCAGUAG